CAAGCUAUCGUUAGAUUCGUGUUGAAUUGCUGACGAAGACCAGAAUAUAUUCUACAAAAUGAUUGGAAUUUCUUUUCUGCUACUAGUUUUUAAUUUCUUCCAUGAAAGUUCAGCACAAAAUGUCAUUUGUUACUAUGACAGUAGUGCCGCCUCUCUUGACAAUCCUCUAACGCCGGAGAACCUGAGUGUAGCCAAUUGUACUCAUUACACUUACAUUGGCCUUGGCUUGACUGCGAAAGGAGAUUUAAGGCUGCUGCAUGAGAGCUAUGACAAAACUACCGGAUUCUCUUCGUUCCAAAAUCUACGCUCGAGUAAUGCGAAACUAUUGGUCCUGCUGGGUGGCAUUUACGAAAGCAGCUCAACGUUCUCCAAUGUUGUCGGCACCUAUCCAGAUACCCUCAUCAACAAUAUUGCUCUUUUUUUGAACCGCUACAAUUUCGAUGGUAUCGACAUCGACUGGCGCUAUCCGGCAAGUCGGGGAGGCAAAGCAGCGGAUAAAGCCAAUUUUCAGAAGUUUGUUAUUCGGCUACGAGCUAGACUGAACAUGAUAAACAAGUUGCUCGUGAUAUCCGUGUCGCCGACCAAGAGCAUCUUUACGGCAGCAUACGACAGCAUUACGUUGAGCUUAUAUGCUGAUAUGAUAAACGUUUACGCCUUCAAUUUCACCGAGACAAUAGAAACCAAAACAGCUAAUUUGGCUCCAAUGUACUCAAAUUCAGCGAAUCCGAUUAGUGUGAACUCAUCCAUCGUCGAUUGGUUGUCCACCAAAGUAAGGAAGAGCAAAAUCAACAUCGGUGUUGCAACUUACGCUCGCACCUACACUCUCACCAACGCCACAAAAAAUAUUCUAGGCUCUGCGGUAAGUGGUCCCGGAACGAUGGGACCGAAUUCCAAACAGGCUGGUUAUUUGGCACAGUAUGAAUUUUGUUCGUUGAGUGGCGCUUAUUUCAACACGACGGAUGUUGCAACGCAAACCAUAUACUACACUAAAGACUCGAGCUGGAUUAGUACGGAAACUGCUGACACUCUGAUUCAGAAGUUUUCCUACGUACUGGAUAAUGCCCUCGGGGGAGUUGCGAUUUAUACGCUCGACUGGGAUGAUUGGAGCAACGGAUGUGGUGCCGGAGAAUUUCCGGCUGCGGCUCUGGCACAGCAAUAUUUCAACUAUGGCAGCAGCAGUCCAUAAAUAGUUUUUUUUUCGUUGAGGCACGUGGUAUGUUAAAAUUUGUGCGUGCUUUCCUUCGGCACGCGUCUUUCUCGCUUAGAUGUCGAAAAUAAAAUCCUAAUAU